ACAAAAAUUUCCCAAAAAAUAAUGAUAAAUUGUGAUAAUUUUUAAUUAUAAAACAAGAGAUUAAUUUAAUUAAUUAAAAAUAAUAUAAAAAUUCAAAGAAAAAAAUUUAAAGAAAAUAACGAAAAUCCACAAAUGGUGCAUGUCCUUAUAAACAAAAAAGCUUUAACACAAAGGGAUUUACAACAUUCACGGUGGUUAGAAUAAGUUGUGACGACACUGGAGGUGGCUCUCCGAUGGGGGGCGAAACGGGGCCCGAGCAGCAAUAUUCGCUGCGAUGGAAUGAUUUCCAUGCAAGUAUAUUAUCCUCGUUCCGACACCUCCGCGAUGAGGAGGAUUUCGUCGAUGUGACAUUAGCAUGUGAUGGUUGUUCAUUUACUGCACAUAAAGUUGUAUUAUCAGCAUGCAGUCCUUACUUUCGAAGAUUAUUAAAAGCCAAUCCUUGCCAACAUCCAAUUGUGAUAUUAAGGGAUGUACAACAAAAAGAUAUGGAAAGUCUACUCAGGUUUAUGUAUAAUGGAGAAGUACACAUUGGACAAGAUCAGUUAGCUGAUUUCUUGAAAACAGCACAAAUGUUACAAGUACGUGGUCUGGCUGAUGUGCCACCUGGUGCGGCUGGACAGAAAAUGACAACGACUCCACCUGAUAAAAUAUCUCCGGCUUCCCAAUCAUUACCAUGGCCAGCUUCAGAUAUGCGAGAAGAUUCAAUACGAGAUGGAGCAUUAUCACCUCCACCAAAUAAAAGAUCAAGGAGUACAGAACGGUUGCCAAGAUCCUACAGCCCAGAUAGAAGAAGGAGUCCUUCAAGGGGGAAUGGAAUUGCAGAUAUGCGGGAGUCACUUUUAGGUCAAGCACUUGAAGGCGGUCCAACGAUACAUACAAAUUCAAAUAAUCAAAAAGGCCAUUCAGAUUCAUCAUUACAAGCGCAAUCAACGGGGGAGGACUCGAAUAGCAGCGAUACGGCGUUAAGUGAACGAGGAGGACCAGUUACACCAAAGGCUGAACCCGGUGAUUAUUCGGGAAUGUUGGACGAUCAUCCUUUAUUAAAUAGUAAUGGUUCUUCAAAUAUGAUUGAUCAACCAAGAACGCCAACAUUUCCUGGUGCAUUAUUAGGUUUACAAGGAUUACCGGGUUUAAUGGCUGGGCCGUCCGGAUUACAUGGCAGUACACCAGAUAAUUUUGGUGUUUCACGACGUUCUUUCGACAUUCGAGUAAGAGCUACAGAUCCGAGACCAUGUCCGAAAUGUGGUAAAAUCUAUCGAUCAGCGCAUACACUACGAACACAUUUAGAGGAUAAACAUACUGUAUGCCCUGGUUAUCGAUGUGUGUUAUGUGGAACAGUUGCAAAAAGUCGAAAUUCAUUACAUUCGCAUAUGUCACGUCAACAUCGGGGUAUUAGUACCAAAGAUUUACCAGUACUACCAAUGCCAUCACCAUUCGAUCCAGAAUUAGCAAGUAGAUUAUUAGCAAAAGCUGGUGUAAAAGUUAGUGCUGCGGAAUUACGUGCACGUGCAUCACCAACUGGCCCACGACGCACCGAUGUGAAAUUAGAUGCAAAGAGUGUAUAUUCUGGAGCACCGUCGGAAGCUGGUAGUUCAAUAUGUGGUGAUAAUGACCCAGAAGAUUUAACGGUAUCACACUCGCGAUAUGGAAGUAGUAUGUUGGAUGCCAUGUCACCACCGUUAAAUCAUUAUAAUACAACAAUUACCAAGGUAAGUUCGAGUAAACCAAAUUCAACAAGUCAAGCGAUUGCUGCCAAGAGUAUAGAUUCGAUAGCACAGAAUCUGUCUUCGAAAGAACCAUCGUAUCCAUCUCCAUUAGCACCGCAUCCUGGUGUUCCACAAUCAAGUACUACAACCGGUUCACAAAUAUUAGAUACAUACUUACAAUUUAUGGCUGAAAAUGGUUUGAGUAUGAUGUCAACGGAACAAGCAGCGGCAGCAGUCCAUGCAGCAAAAAUAGCUCAAUACAAUGCAAUGGGGCUAGAUAAAGUAACACAACAACAUUUCCUAGAAAAAAUGCAACAACAAAUGCAUGUAGCAAACGAUUUUUCAAUGAAACGGACUACUUCUUCAUCACAAGAUGAAAAUAUACGUAGAGACGACACACCAACUGGUCCUGAAGAUAUGGUUAUUAACGAUCGAAAUCGUGGUGAUGACAGUGGUGGGGGUAAUAAUAAUGAUAGGGGAGGGGGAUUGGGAGUGGGGGGUAAUGGCGGUGUAACAAACGAUCAUAUAGACGAUGGUGAUACAUCCCCAGGUGAAGAUGAGUAUAGUGAUGAAGAAGCAGAACAUGGGGAAGUUUCACCAUCAAAAACUGGCGAUUAAAAAUGAACUGCAUUGAGCCUAUUUUUUGUAAAAAGCUCAGUAAGGCGUGUAUCUCAUGAUAUGCAUGCAUGCGCAUGAGAAAUAUGAAUGGCUGUGAAUAUACAAAAAAAAUAAUAAUUUCUGCUGCAUUCUUUCCGUCUUACUAAACGAAUUUCUUAAUGUAGUUCUUAAAAAAAAUAUGGCCAGUUUUAUUUGUUAGAAUUUAAAAAAAAAAACUCUCCUCCCAAUCCAAAAUUUGAUUUUGUUGUAAAAUAAAACCAAGAACGUAACGGCCGAUUUUUUACUAUAAAAUAGUAAUUAUGUUUAAGAUUUAUGAAGAAUACUUCGAAUUUAUUGGAAAAUACAAUGUGUAUACAAUCAUUCUCAGAAAUAUUGAAACAUAGAAAGAAUUCCAU